CCAAAUUUCGGCUGCUACGAUCGUUUACGUAAUUUUUAAAAAGAAUCAAAGAUAUCUUUUUAUCAGUAGCUUUUACCGGUAUGCUUAUUAGAAAGAUUGUUUUUAUUCGUGCUCAGACAUUAUUAAAGAAGCAGUUUAACUUUAAAAGUAUGUCAACUUUACCUAAAGUGUUAAUCACAAGAAAUGACAUUCCUGAAGAUGCUAUACUGCUCCUUCAAAGCAAAUGUGAUGUAGAAAUUUAUGGGAAACCAAGCCCAAUUCCAAGAGAUGAAUUAUUAAAGAGAGUCAAAGGAAAGAAUGGAAUUUUUUGCUUAAUUACAGAAAAGAUUAACCAAGAAGUUUUUGAAGCUGCUGGUUCAACUUUAAAAGUGGUUGGUACUAUGUCUGCUGGUUAUGAUCAUGUAGAUCUUACAGAAUGCAAGAAAAGAGGCAUUUUAGUUGGAAACACACCAGAUGUUCUAACUGAUGCUACAGCUGAACUUACUGUCGCAUUGCUGCUUGCUACAUCAAGAAGAUUGUUUGAAGCUAACCAACAGGUGACAAAUGGUGGAUGGGUAAAAUGUGCUUGGGGACCACUUUGGAUGUGUGGGCAAUCUCUCCAAGGAAGUACAGUAGGAAUUAUUGGCCUUGGAAGAAUAGGCUUUGGGGUUGCUGAAAGGUUGAAAGCUUUCAAAGUGAAAAAUAUUGUGUACUCUGGAAAUCGUGCCAAAGUUGAAGCAAUGGAAAAAUUGAAUGCAAAAUUCGUUCCAUUGGAUGAGCUUUUGAAGCAAUCUGAUUUUGUGGUUGCCUGUUGUGCUCUCACUCCUGAAAACAAAGUAAUGAUGAAUAAAGAAGCAUUUAAAAAAAUGAAAAAGAAUGCAAUAUUUAUCAACACAAGCAGGGGUGCAUUAGUUAAUCAGGAUGAUUUAUAUGAAGCCCUUACUACUGGUGUGAUUCAUGCUGCUGGUUUAGAUGUUUUGGAUCCUGAACCUUUGCCAGUAGAUCAUAAAUUAACUAAACUGCCAAACUGCGUUUUGCUGCCCCACAUUGGGAGUGCUACCAUAGAAACUAGGACAACUAUGGCCCUCUUGACUGCCAAGAAUAUUCUUGCUGGCUUGGAAGGAAAGCCUCUACUAUGUCCAUUAUAAAUAGGUUAUUUCAUGUAGUAUGAGUUAUACAAUUGUUGUUAUGAAUGUUGUAUGAGUUGGUUAAUUGAAAAUUAAAUUCUGGUUAAACUGGUUUCUAGAAAAAGAGGCUUCAUACUGUACAUCUUUCUGUAUAAUACAUUUCUUAUUAUCUUGUUAAGUUUAUUAAAUACUAUUAUCUGUGAGACUUUUUGUAUUAUAAAAUGAAUUUA